AACCAGCCCAAAAACGAACGCGCGGCCAUGUUGAAUUGUCAAUAUUUCGAAAGAAGAGACAAAAGAGCGAAAACUCGAUGGAUUUCUCGAAACAGCGAGUAUUUACCGAACUUAAUUAAACCGUCGACGAAACGUUAAGCAACGACACAACGAGGGAAAACUGUGUGUGGAAGUAGCAAAGUGAAGCUAGCAUCGCCUCUCAGGUAACCUGGAUUUUUCUGUUGAGCUGCAAUUCCCAAAGCACUUGGCAGACUGUCAUCUCAACAUUUGCCAGUGAACUAAAGAAAACCGGACAAGGAUUACCACAGACAUUUUGAGUGGACUGUCCCAUGUUUUAGGACAACAUUGCUGGAGUGACUUUUUGAGCAAGUAUUGAGCCCCAGCAAAAAAAACUUUUUGAUGACAAAGAAACGAAUCAUAAAAAUAGUCUUGAGACGUGACCAAGCAGAAUAUAUUUUACUACUGGCCAAUUUGAAUGUACAGAAAUAGCACUUGGAUUUAACGAGCCAAGAUACUCCGAAGAACACAAAAAGAUAAUUCUGAAUUAUACAGCCAGGAUAAAGUAUUUUAAGAUAGGUUGUAGUACAGCAAACAUUUGUUACAUAUGUACUAGUCUAGCUAUAUAUCUAGCACCAAUGGAUCGUUUUGCAGUGAGGAAAGUGCCAGAGGGACAGGCUGCCAUGACAGAGGGUCAGGCUGCCACGACAGAGGGACAGGCCGCCACGAUAGGGCAAGGACAGGCUUCCGAAGCGUCAACUUCGCAAAAAAGACGAAAAAGAAAAUACAAUGAGGAAUAUGUUAAAUAUGGAUUCACAGUGACGACAGACAGAGCAGGAGAGGAGGUACCACUGUGUUUCGUAUGUUCAACAAUUCUCUGUGAUGAAGCUAUGAAGCCGUCGAAACUUACGCGGCAUAUGGAGACGCAUCACGUCCACUUGAAGGCCAAACCCGUUGAGUACAUGCAACAGAUGUUGCGUGAUUUCAAAGGACAGCAGGCUACCAUGAGGAAGAGUGCAAAAAUAAAUGAAAACGCACUGAAAGCAUCGUAUCUGGUCGCUCUCAGGGUUGCAAAAAUUAAGAAGCCCAAUACCAUUGCAGAGCAGCUUAUAUUGCCAGCAGCCAUAGAUAUGUGCAGAGCUAUGGUAAGCGAAGAAUGUGCCAACAAAUUAAAAACUAUUCCGUUGUCAGACAACACAAUCGGAAGACGAAUUGGGGAAAUGGCAAAUGAUGUCAAAGACCAGCUGAUGGCAAAACUUCAGACAGUUCUGUUUUCCCUUCAAAUCGACGAGACGACAGAUGUUACUAAUGAUGCGCAACUGUUAACAUUUGUGCGAUACGAGGACAGUGGCACUAUGUGCGAGGAAUUUCUUUUUUGCAAACCACUGCCCGGGCGAACUACCGGUGUAGAAAUAUUUAAAGCACUGGACGAUUUUUUCACGGAGCACAAUAUCUCGUGGCAGAGGUGCGUUGCAUUAUGCAGCGAUGGGGCCCGAGCCAUGAGUGGCAGCAAGACUGGACUGUUUGCGCAUGUAAGGAGGGUGGCUCCGGGGGUAAUUUGGACACACUGCCUGAUUCAUAGAGAGGCUCUCGCCUCCAAAGAUCUCAGUGUUGAGCUCAGUGGUGUGUUUGAUGUCGUUGUCAAGACGGUCAACUUCAUAAAACGAAACGCAUUGAAUACACGCCUGUUUUCAUCCCUAUGCCAUGACUUGGGAAGUGAACACAGCUCUCUCCUUUAUCAUUCAGAGGUGCGUUGGCUGUCUCGCGGCGCUGUGCUCGCCCGUGUGUUUGAACUACGCGGAGCUAUCUACGAGUUCUUGUGCGAGAAGCAUUCUGAUCUGGCUUCCAAUUUCAACGAUAGUUACUGGUUAACUAAGCUGGCGUACCUCACAGAUGUUUUUGCAGAGCUGAACAAGUUGAACAGCUCCAUGCAAGGGAGAGAUGCAAACGUCAUGCAGCUCUACGAGAAGCUCGACGCAUUUGUGAAAAAAAUGUCAAAGUGGAUCGAACGAGUGGAGAGCAAUAACUUGGCGAUGUUUCCUUCAGUUGAGGAAUACCCUGACAGCACUGACAUCAACGACACUAUAUGUGAGCAUUUGAGGAAGCUUGUGCGUCAAUUCGCAAAGUACUUCACUGAUUCGGAAGAGUGGCGCCGUGACAGCAAGUGGAUCCUGCUCCCAUUCAGUGACGAUGCAUCAGUAGGGUCAAGUCUGACGGCUGUGGAAGAGGAUAAGCUGAUUGAGAUGUCCACAGACUCUGUCAGGAGGCAUAUGUACGACACACAGCCCCUUGUUAAAUUCUGGAUAAGUUGCCAGACAGAAUUUCCACAGCUUGCUGCAAAAGCAAUGAGGUGUCUUUUGCCCUUUCCAACCACAUACCUGUGUGAGAGUGGUUUUUCUACACUGGCGUACUUAAAGAAUAAGUACAGGGCUAGGCUUGAUCCAGAGAAUGACAUGAGACUGUCUCUGUCUACCAUUUCGCCACGAAUAGACAGGCUGUGUGGACUUCACCACGCCCAGAUAUCACACUGACAGCAGGUGAUUGGUGACAGGUCUGUCCUGGCUGGGUUAUAAAAGCCCUGACCAGCCAGCAGUUGAGGCUGCCUUGGUCUUCAUUUGUUGGAUUUUGGUUCUCCGGUGUUGUUGGAUUUUUGUUCUCCGUUGUUGUUUUGUCACACACCUAGACUGACUUUGCAUGACAUUUUUAGUUACUUUUCCCAAUACUGAAUUGCACAACACUUUAUUAUUCUUUAUUCUUUCUUUAAAAUAAUCUUUAAUUUAAUUUAAUUUAAUAAAUCUACUUUUAUUAUUAUAAAAUCUGCGUGGCCUCUCUUUCAUGUUUCAUGCAUUGAGCUAUGCAUGUAACACCAAAUACACACGCGCACGCGCAGGCACAUCAGUGGGCCGCGGAUUGCUUUCUAGUCCGAAUGGUGGUCCCUGGGACAAAACCAGUUGAAAACCCCUGCUCUAGUCUAAUGUCAACAAUGUUGCACUGAUUUGUAGACACUUUGUCACAUGACCUGGAAGCUAUUGAAAAGAAUAGCAAACAAAAACUGAGGUUUCUUUUCCUAAAAUAUAGUUAAAUAAAACAUAAAAAGCACUACAAUUCUUUAAAAAUGAGGUGCGUCCUAUUUGUCCAGUGUAGUGAUACAAUCCUGCAAUAAUUAGGAGGCAUUAGGUCAAAGGACAUGGAAGCUAUUGAAAGAGUUUUCAUUCACGAAACUGUAGAUUUGUUUAUUGAAGAAAUGGUACAAGAACCAAAACCUAACAACAACAGGAGUGUCCUACCUGUCCAGUGUGGUCUUACAGUUCUGCACCGUCUAAUCGAAACUGCUUAAUUAACAUAACAUUUUUUAUGUAAAAAAUGGCAAAUGCCUUGGAAGUUAUGUCGUGCAAACACCACUCCAGUACUUAAACAAAUAGCGACACACACCUUGUUGGUGGGCGUGUUAAUGCAAUCUAAGUUCAAUAUAUUGAAUUAUAUCAGACCAAGGAUUAUUCUGAAACAGGUCUAAAAGUACACACCAGAUGUUUGCAAUUCCUCAAACAUCUUUGACAUGUAUGACUUGUAUACUCUGGGAGUAAGGCCUUAAAAGAGGGUAAGGCUGACCUGUCGUCUCCCAAGGUCAAAAAGACAGAGAUCUAUGCAUCUGUUAAUAUGUUCACUGGGCAGGCUGGCGCUUGAAAGUUGGAAUGUUUGUGCAUUGGGGGGCAGAAAAAGAUCGUAUAUAACCGGUUCGAUUCCUCCAAGCCGGGAGAAGCAACGUGGUGUUUUCACAGUAUUAUGCUUGUUACAUAUAUAAUAUUUAACCUCAUCCAUUUCUGUGUCUGUGUCUUAAUGUGUUUCUACUGAUUAAUGUUGUGAGUGUUAAGGUCUCGGCUCCACGACAGGCGAGCUGUUUUUCGGCCCCUGUCCAUCUCUAUGAUCUCAUGGUUACGCUGAUGACACCCAGCUUUACAUCUCCGAAAAAAGUUUUCCACAGCCACAAACUCCCCUCACCAGCUGACUGACAUUAGACCUGGAUGCAAAACCACUUUAUGAAACUCAACUGCAUCCAGUCAGAACUCAUCAUUGUAAGCUCAACCUCCUGACAAUGUGUAGCAAUUCACUAAAGGUCUAGUUACACAGUGAGUCACAGUCUGCUCCCUCACUCACCUAUUUUCUGCAUUACUAUUUCUCUGUCACCUUAGUCACCUGGUAGCCACAGCCUGUUUGCUCUCUCACUCUCUGUUGCACCCAUCAGCUCCACUAGUAUAGGCCCCCUUCCCUCUCACCUCAGUGCCAGAUAGUACUUCGCAACAUGCAAGUCUUUCCCGCAUUCCUUCCCAGAUUUCUCUCCCGAUUUCGCUCGGUUUCCUGACCCUGCCUGUACCUGCGUCUACUGUCUCGCCUACUCCUGGAACCCUCGCCUGUCCCCGACCUGCCCUUUGCCCACUGUCUGCCGGUUUGUCGUUCUACCAACCACUGCCUUGUAUCAGAACUGUACUUUGAAAACUAUUAAUAAUAAAGCUGGUUACCGACUUUCCCUGGUCUCCCGUGUGUUGCACUUUGGUUCUCAGCUUGCUGCUGACAGAGACAAAUGCAAUAAAAAACGUUUCUACUGUGUGUGAAUGUGGUCCUUAAAUCUAUGGAACAACUAAGGCAGAAUGUUCUCUGCUCUCAAAAGAAAUGCCUAAGGGUCCUUUGGGUGCAUGUUCUACCUUUACAGCAUUGCAACCACAACAUCAAUUGCUUUAAGUGUUUGAAAGAUGUUAAAACAAUGUUGAAAAACUACAAUUUCUGAAGAUUUUUCAAACCUGUUUUUCGUUGGUCAUAAUGCGUAAAACACUUCAGGUUUAUCUGUUACAGUCUUAGCUUCUCAUGUUCAGUUAAGGAACAGACCAUCUGGCCGGCAGACGGUAAACACAGAACAGCACUUUCUAUCUUCUUUAAAUACAAAUUAAGCUAACAGAAUAUUUGUAAUAAUUUAAAGGAGAGGCAAAACUUUUAGCGGCUUUAUUUUGUUUCAGUUAUUUUAGCAUACAUAGUUACGUCUUGUAUUGUUGAUGCUUAUUCAUUUACUGUAUCUCUGUUUUAUAUUUUGAGUUUGUUUCCGAGACACAAGCAUGAAAGGCUAUAUUUUCCUUGUCGUGGCCUUGACGGUUUCAUCAGUAUCCUCCAGAAGAGCAGUCGGGAAAAAGAUAGUGGAAAUUGGUGAAAGCAAGAGCAUUGCAGAGGCAAACAAGGGCUCUUUGCAUGAUGAUAUCCUGAAGGCACCACCAAACACGCAAAAGAGUGCCACUACCGAUGGGGACAAACUGUGGACAUCACCAGUCGCAUAUGUAUUGGACAAAAACCUUGAGAUGAAUGCUAAAGGACUCAUCCUGAAAGCCUUUGACCAGUUCAGGUUGAAGUCAUGUAUCGACUUCAAACCAAGAGACUCUGAGGAGUAUUACAUCUCGGUCAAAAAGAAAGACGGAUGUUAUUCAUACAUUGGGAAAGUAAAAUCCAACGGACAGGAGCUGUCCAUCGGGAGAUUUUGUGAUGAUAUCUCAACGGUUGAACAUGAGUUCCUCCAUGCUUUGGGCUUCUACCACGAACAGUCCAGAUAUGACAGAGAUGAUCAUGUGACCAUUGUUUACAAGAACAUCGAAGCAGGUUAUGAAUAUAAUUUUUUAGAAGAAAGCAAUGAAACCACCACCACCCAGGGAGUCCCGUACGACUACUGGUCAGUGAUGCACUACGGCAAAGAUGAUUUCACCAAUGGCAACGGGUCAACUAUUAUAACCAAAGACCCAAAGUUCCAGGAUGUGAUUGGUCAGAGACUGGAAGUGAGUCCCAAAGAUGUUCUGGAGCUGAACAGCCUCUACAAAUGCCAGUCAACCAUCGCAUUUCAGAUGCAGUGCAGCUUCUCUGAUGAGACCAUGUGUCAAAUGACUAGCUGUUCACAGAGUGGGCUUGCCUGGGAAAUGGUAAAAAAGGUUAAAGGGGGUCCUAUGUCUGACCACACCAGUUUACCCAGUGGCAGUGGUGAACAAGGUGAAGAUGCGGGUUACUUCAUGCAUGUGAGCAUGGGCACAGGUGAGAUGGGAGACUCAGCCUGGCUGGAGACCCACAGGAUGAGUCUCAACAGGGAGCAUCAUGUCCAGUGUCUCCAGUUCUACUAUUACCACAGUGGGAGUAGGUCAGACCACCUCAACAUCUGGAUCAGAGAGUUUCAGGAUGAAUUGGACUUCAAUGGAACCCCACGCCUCAUGGGACAGAUUCAUGGUGGACCAACAAAAGACUGGAAGCUCCAUCAUGUUUCCCUGGAUGCCGCCAAGCACUUCACGGUGGAGUUUGAGGCUCGUAAAGGAGCAGGAAGCUCUGCAGGCGGCUUCUCAAUCGAUGACUUCAAUCUGUCGGAGAUCGAAUGUCCACAUGUUACCAUUCAGCUUGAUGACUUUGAGCGAAAUUGGGAGGCCAGUGAGAUUGAAGCCACUAUCUACAGCCCUCGGCAAUACUCCAGUGGGGGCUAUGCUUACGUGGUACAGGUUGUACUGUUCGAUAAAUAUUUCGGAUUGUUUGUGCAACUCGUGUCUGGUAAAAAUGAUGACCGGCUGGAGUGGCCUUGCACAGAAAGGCAGGUGACCUUCAAAAUGCUGGAUCAGAACUCCAACAUCCAGCUGCAGAUGUCCAAGCAACAUAGUAUCACCAGUGACCUAAGCACGUUCGAUUCUGAUGGCAACUAUCUGUGGGACAAUCCUCGUCUGAAUGGAUAUUCCUACGUAGAUGACAAUGGGGAAACCAUCUUCGCCGGACCUCUGUUUGGCAGAUCCUUUUUUUCCAAUAAAAAGGAAAUAAAAACCAGAGAGUUCCUCAAGGGAGGAAGUGUCAUUUUCAGCUUUAGCUUCCAAGAUAUCACUGCUCUCAUCAAUGGAAGUGCUCUGCCACGUCCUCAAGUGGGACCUGUAGAUAUUAAAUAUCCUCCUAAAGAUCUGAACGAAGGCCCUUGUUCAUCAUGGAUCAGCCCAAUUCCCAAGACAACUGAAGAGAGCAUUACAACCCUUGACCCUCCAAGACCCACCGAUGACAGCAUUUUUGGCUUCUCUCCUGGUUUGGUUUGUUCUCCUUUCCUCACCCUGCUGCUAGCGUUGAUGCUGUUGGUACCUUGAAGCACAUGUCACCUCUGCGCAUGACGGGACCAGCAAAUGUGCCACUGGCCGAGUAAUUCAGCAGUUCUUACAUUUAUUAAGUUGCUUUUUGUGUGUUGUUUUU